UUAAUGUGACUUCUGGUGCUGCAUGGUUUACGUCUGUCGACUCAUCGAAAGCGAGGGAAAGUAUACCGCUGCAGUUAUGUCCUUCACUGGUGUUUCCCCCACUUGAUUUGCCACCGUGAUAGUACGGUCAUGAACAGUUCUUGCUGUCACAGGCAUUUCUUUUAUUAAUUUGAUUCUCUUGUCUUUAUCUGAAAAGUCGCCGGAGUUCAUUCAAGUUCAUUCGCCACAUCAAGCAUGAAUGUUUUGGCAAAUUCGCCGUCUGUGAAAGGUUUUCCAUUCCCCACGAUUGCUAAAGAACCAGCAAAGCUGUCCGAAGACCAGCCAGCUUGUCUGCUCCAUGCACAGAGUUGCUGCUGGCUAGCUUGCACUUUGGAGUAAUUAUUGGCAUGCCUUCUUCCGGGUGUCCCCCGCUGCACAUUAUCGGUAGAUGCAUGGCUUAGAUGCAUGGCGCAUGGUGAAGUGCCGCUUUGUAUUUGACCGUUUCAUCGAUUAAAUUUUAUCACUGCAUAUUAGACACACCGCCAAAUCUGCUCUCUGCACGAAGGCGAAUUCCUCUGUCCAUUUUUGCUGAAAUGUACGGUACUCCUCAUCUUUCUUUCUUUUUCCCAUCUUCGUCAACAGUUUUUGUGCUAGCUACAGAAUUAGACAGGCGGGAAGUUCACUUCUUGACCCCUCAUUGACCCGGUAGGCUACCGCAUUGUCCAAUUAUGAUCGUGUUUUGGCGUCUGACUCGGAAACUAUCGGAAGGACAGCCAUUGUGGUAGAAAAUGGAUAGACGGAUUAAAAUACAUUAUAAUGUUUUAUAUUUUGAAUGUUUUUUUAACACUGAUUUCUGUAACGUUUUACUUAAAAAUGUCACGUGUGACAUAAAAAAAGCCAUAUAUGGCUCGCGAACCAUAGGUUCCCAAACGCUGAUCUAGGACAAGGGAUGUCGACCUUGGCAUAAAAAUGAGAUAUCAGUAUUGUUUUUUUUCUGCCGAUAAUGAUAUCUGCUCGCGAGUGAUGUGCUGAACUAUAUUGGAUAUCAGCAAAAGCCAAUAUCAAGCAUUUUCUCUCUAGGACCCGUCUUAUUACAGUGAAACCAAUACGUUGCUCGUGCACCUGGCCCACAUCUUCCAAGCGUGCUGGGGAAGGGAACGUGGAGCAACACGCAUUACAACAUACAGACUUGCGUUUAGGUGUCAAGUGGGCCAAAGUACGGACACAGUGAGAGUGCACCCUUACAGACCCUCCUAUAUACCAAAAUUUCAGCCCGAUUCCUUGUUUAUAAAUGAAUAUUUUUAUAGAGCAUCGAAAACCUGUUUACGACAUUCUAAAAAUGGUGUUCAACAUUGGAGCCCUCUAAACAAGAAAUAAAGCAAAAUAUAUAUAUAGCAUAAAUAAAUUUGCAUUGUAAAAAUUUUGGGUUUUUUUCUUGCAACGCUGGUCUUCAAUCUCUCCCAGAUUUGAUUAGUUUUUUUUUUUGGUUCAGUUAUGCAUGAUUUCAGGUGAAGCUACAAAUGUUUGUGCAAGUCAGUUCAAGCACUUGCUUGUUGAAGCAUGUCAUUGUCUCGCUGUCACAGGGUGUUAGGAUUACUAGUUUUGUGAGUGAAUGUGUGUCAAGUAAUUGUGCACUCUUGGCUGCUCAUAGUUACCAUUUGAAUCAGCAUUGGUAUGACUGGCGAGCUCAAGUACACCAGCAUAUUAAUUCUCAUUCACAUUCAAAGUAAAACUGCUGUAUUUACUAUACAGUGGAACCUUGGUUAGUGUACACCCCGUUUAUUGUGUUUUUACGCCAACAUUUUGCUUAGGUUCACUUACAUUUUCUGGCUCGCGUCUUGUCAUGUUAUUACUACACUGCUUGAGUCCAACUGUGUUCUUAAUGUAUUUUUACCACAAAACAUACUUCUUCGCGUCCUAUUAGCUUGCUAACACAUAGAAACGGGAAGUAAAGUCAGCACAGCAGUUGACUCUCAAGACAAAGCACGUUUUUAUAUUUUUACAAUUAGUUGUACGUGACGAAAACAAAUUAAGUUUAAGGCCUAAAUAUACCUCCCACACUUUUUAAAAUGCAUUUAAAAAUGUGGAAGUCCUUAUGAUGAACGGAUGGAAUCAGUUACCGCGAUAAAUAUAUAAUAAUAAAAAUAAUAAAUAUAUAUAAUAAAAAAUUUGAAUAUAAUACAUCAUGCUGUUUUGUAGUUGAAUAUGACCCAUUAUUAGUAAAAAAAAAAAAUGCAUAUUUAAGCAAAUUUUACAAUUUUUUUUUUACCAAAAUGAAGCAUUUUCAAGCAUAAAAAUGGCUAAAUGAAGUAAAAUACAAAUGUGACACAAGAAAGCGGUCUUCAUCCGCGCAUGUAAACAUCGCUGAUAACACACACACAACAAUGUGAUACGAAUGGAGAGAAAAUGACACCAAGUGAUGAGGUUUUGUGAUGCAAAUGAGGUCUGACUGGCAUCCUCCCCCACCAUCGGAGCCAACUCACCACCAGGUGGUGAUCGAUUGACAGCUCCGCCCCGUCUUCACCCGAGUGUCCAAAACAUGUGGCCGCAAGUCCGACGACACAACCACAAAGUCGAUCAUCAAACUGCGGCCCAGGGUGUCCUGGUGCCAGGUGCGCAUAUGAACACCCUUAUGCUUGAACAUGGUGUUCGUUAUGGACAAGUCCAAUAACAAAACACAACUCUGGUUCAGAUCAGAACAUUCCUCCCAAGCACACCUACCAAGGUCUCACUGUCGCUGCCAACGUGAGUGUUGAAGUCCCCCAGCAAAAUAAGGGAAUGGGCAGUAACUGCUUGGCAAUAGGCCGACACAAUUCCUCCUAUAUUUUGGAGGUUGAGGGUGGUGCUCGGAAGGAGUUCAGUUACCUGGUCCACCAAUCCAGCAGGUCUACUGUGGAAACACCUCCAACACAUUACUUAGUCAUCCUCCCACACUGGACUUGUGUGUGUGUGUGUGUGUGUGUAUUCCUGAACUCUGUAGAACACACCAUUUUCUUGCACGCUUAUAAUUGCCAAAAGCAAAAAGAGUAUGCACAGAACGCAGUGCCUCCUCAGCCCUGUCUCUCCCUUCCCUCCGCAGACCACGUCACAUACUGCGUAGUCUUCCCCUCGCCUGCAUGUACGUGCCUCCACACACCGCUUAUAAUGGGAAACAUGAGCGAGGGCUGUGUGUGCGUGCGUGUGUGUGUGAGGAGGAAUGAGUGUGUGGUGGAUUGUAUGUGAGGACAGAUAGCUGAGUGCUUGGUCGACAAAAGCAAGGAGAGUAAGAAAUCUGAAGGAGCUUCCAUUAUUUUUCUUUUUUGUGACUGCAGCCUGAGAGGAACGGCAAGCUAUUAUGUGGGAAGAGUAUAAUCAAGAAUACCAUAUAUGAGGGUAGAUACAUAACCGGCAGCACUUUUAUGAAAAUUUUGUUCAGUUCUCUACUGACUGAAGAGUAAUGACACACAUCCCUUUUGGAUAUUCUGCAGUCCUGUGAAUUGAGGUGAAGGUACUGCAAGUUGUACAUAUUUUUUGACAAAAAAUAGCACCAAGGAUGAAUCAAUAGCUCCUAACUACCAAAUACUGUAAUGGAUUGGGCUUUUGAUCAAAUACAAAGAUAGAGCCUAUAAAGAGGUUCGUAAGAAGCUUAUUAUGGACUGGUGAAAACCUGCAUCACCAAAAGAAACUGCAGCAUUGUAUGCUGAUCACAGUAAGAUGAGUGUCAGUAAGCCCAGUGUGAGAGUCACUGAUGUGGGGAAGAGAGAGAGAAGUAUGAGACUCCCUCUUGAAAGUGCAGGAGACCACAAUGGAAAUGCGUUUCCAAUGUGCUCCACUUCUUCAUCGUCAUCUUCUUCCUGUGUGGGAGAAUCUCCAGAGUCGGUGCACACACAGAGCAGCACCAGCAGUGGGUGUACUGUCAGCCCACACAACGAUGACAUGCUCCAAGUCACCCUGACGACUACGUUAAUGACCCAAAGCCAAGGAAUUGUUGAAGAUGUGCUUUUCAACUGGGUGAAGGAGGACAAAAGUAAAAUAGCCAAAAACGAUCUCUCAUUUGAAAAAUUGCAAAUGGCAAAUGAGCUGUCGGACUCAAAUGACAACUCAGUAUCUGUUUACCUUGAUGCCAGCACUGGUGAACACCGAGAAACCCGCAAUGACAAUGCCAGCUUUGCACUUUCCUUAUCCUUGGCUUCUGAUACCGUUGACCACGGUGAUCAUUGUAACAACAGACUUGGCUCAUCCACUCCAGACUCGGAGGCAACAGAAAUUCUUGCGGAUGAUGAUGAUGAUGAUGAUGAUGGGGAAGAUGAAGCUUUGUUUGUGUCAUUCAGCUCCGAACCUGAGGUACGGAGGCUCAGCACAACCCUCACAAACAUACCCAGUUCAGGCCUCUUUAGCAGUGGGAACAGUACACAGACGCCCAAGCCCCAAAGAGAGAGCAGUGAAGCUAUGAGCGUAGCUGCUGAGCCAAGGUCAAAGAUGCUGGUAGAAGACAGGCAGGAUGUCUGUCCUCUGGUUACACUUCACAUAACACCUGAGGACAGUAGUGACACCACCCACAAAUCAUGUCUUAUGCCCUCUGCAAUCACUCCUGUCCAAGACGAUGAGGACAUUGGCGCUUUAUCAACUUGUGCUGAAAUGCUUGUGGUGGUCCCUAAACUCCACAGCCAUCAAAGCAGUCUAAACUUCAAAGCAGGCAUUUCAGUUUCACCCAAGACGACAGCUGCCAAAAUUUCCAGUCAGGAGAAGAAGAGGCUUCCUAAACUAGACGCUAAAGUUGGACCCCAGCCCACUAAUUCCUCACCAAAAAUACUUGGGCAGAAUAAAUCUGUUUCAACAAUUGGAAGGAGUACUGUUCCCAGGAAGGGUGAAGUAGAGGCUUGCCAUGGAGAUAAAAGGCCAAGACCAUCCGCAGGUACCGUCAGAGUAACUCUGGGGUUUAAACCCAUCCAAGGACAGAGCACUAACAUCAAAACCAGCCACAGGACAGCACCCAGUGACUCUACAAAGUGGAAAAGGCAGAGUGUGACCUUCAGGAGAAACCCUUCAGACUGCUCUAGUGCCAUGGACUCAGCAGUGACUGAGGAAAAACCCAGUGUCAGACCAGCAGAGGUUGUCCAGGAGAUGUCAGAUGAACAUGUAGUAAAUGUCCAGUCCACACAUCCAAGUGAAGUACCUGGUGGAGAAUGUAUAGAGAGGACUGUUGAAGCUCCACUGACUAUGGCCAAUGUGGAAAAACCACGGAAUCAUGGUUGGAAGGUCUCCAAACUGGGGCCCAUUGCAAGGCAGCAGGGGAAAAGCACCAGAUUGGAUAAGGCACCACCUCCAGCAACUAGACCUACAGGACCGGAGAAUCCCAGGCCCCGGCAAACUCAGACUGAUGGGGCCAUGUUGAGAGAAGUUGGCCAGUGUGCAGGGGAUGGAUCUCCAGUGAGAGUCAAACACUUUCAGACCCUGGGUGUCUCAAAAUCCCGCACCCCAGCUUCAUCAACCACGCCGGGCCCUUCACAUUCCAACUCCAAAUCCACAGCCGCUCUGCAACCAGCAUGUGGGCGACCAGUCUUAAAUGCUGCAUCAAAACUUCCUGUGAAAGGAGUACAUUCCAGCCUUGGUUCUGCACGGCUGGGAUGCAAAGAGAACAACGCCUCAUGCAAAGCUUCUCCAACAUCCACAUGUAUCCUGGUUUCAACAGACACCAGGUCAGAUGAGAGGCCCAGCAAAAGCAAUCCUCCAGUGGGCAGUCAGACGGGGACAAAACCCAUUGGCCCCAGUAGUUCCUGUAACACUGUUAUCAACUUGAACAACAUUUGUAUUCCUGCUGUCCCAAAGGCUCCUGCAAUGAGACAUCGAGCACUGUCAUUGCAGUCUAGAACAACAGCUCCAGGUCUGAAGACCCCCUCGGGCAACAAUUCCAACACGACUAAGACAAUAGCAUCUAAUCAAACAGCAAAGAUUUCUUCAACUGUCAGUCAGGAGGUGACAAAGAAGACGUCCCAUCCAUUGCAAAGAAGCGGCUCUGCAAGACUCUCUCGACUUAACGGCACAGUUGACAAAAACAAGCCCCGGGACGCGGCAACAAGACCCACAGCAGCGCCCCCGGCGACAACACCUGCAGCAGGGACCAACCAGAACCAGCAGGAUUCACCACAAGAUCUGGUACCAGUUACCCCAGUGCCUGUCUCAGCUUCCACCAGCACCGAGUCAGACUCCACAGCCCCCUCUGUUCUUGGGUUUAAAGCAAGACCCAGGUCAAGGUCCAGCCCCAAACAUGGAGCCCAUCUGCAGAGUGCAUCCAAGCCCAGUGCGGCGGGAGCUAAUGUUGCAGACAGCGUGUUCACAGCUAAACAGAAUCACAACAAGGAACUUGUGGAGAAGAAGAACCAGUCUAUAACCCAGCUUCGAAAGCUUCUCGUCCAAGGCAACAAGAGAGUGGAGGCUCUCGCAACAGUCAUCCAACACCUCUUCAUUCAGCGUGAGGAGACUUUAAAGGAGAAGAAGGAUUUGUCAACAGAAGUGGCAAACCUCAGAGACGAGCUGGUGGCGUCAUCUCAGUGCUGUGAGCGUUUGCACAAGGAGAAGCAGGAGGUGCGCGUCCAUUUGGAGGAGGCCUUGCAAAGGCUUGAGGAGCAGCACAAAGAGGAACUGGUGCAGCUGGAGGACAGAUUAAGGAAUUUUUACCAAACAGAGUGGGACAAGGUCCAUAAAACGUACCAGGCAGAGGCUGACAAAUGUCGCAUGUUGAUGGAGCAACAGGUGGAGGAGCUGAGGAGCAAACAUGAAGCUGAGAGGAAGAACCAGGAAGCGAGCCAUAGCCUCAUAAUGGAAUCUCUCAAGCAACAGAAUGAGACUUCUCUGCAAGAGUUAAAGACAAUCGAGAAAACCAAUCUGGAGAACCUGGAAAAAACACUAAAGGAGACAGAAACCACUCUUUCUGACCAAAUAUCAGUGCUGUUAGCAGAGAAGGAGGCCCUGAAUGAGAAGCUGAUAGCGGAGGAGGAGAGGAGGCGGCGGAUACUCACAGACAGCAAUCUGAGGGACUCCCGCACGGUGUACCUGGAGCAGGAGCUGGAAAGUCUGAAGGUGGUGUUGGAGAUGAAAAAUAAUCAGCUGCACCAGAAGGAGAAGAAGCUGAUGGAAAUGGACAAACUGGCGGAGACAAACGUCAAACUGGAGGAGUGUCUCAAUAAGGUCCAGCAGGAGAAUGAGGACUACAAAGCUAGGAUGGACAAACAUGCUGCUCUCUCAAAGCAGCUGUCCAGCGAGCAGGCCAUACUCCAGCAGACACUGCAGAAAGAGUCCAAGGUCAACAAGCGUCUGUCGAUGGAGAACGAGGAGCUGCUGUGGAAGCUACACAACGGUGACCUGCUGGCCAGUCCGCGUCGCCUCUCCCCCACGUCUCCCUUCAGCUCGCCACAGAACUCUGCCUCCUUGCCCGCAGCUGCGCCCUUAUCUCCCAGAUAACGGCCUCCGUAUCCUCCUCGCGUAUGCGCUCCUCUUUUGAAGCCCCCCCAAAAAGGACAUGUGCUUUGAAAGCAGAGACGGUGGAUGUUCUGCGAGCGUGGGACUUGUUUUUGUGCUUCUGACUAUCACCGAACUCCUUUUUCCUCAAGACAACAACAGGCACACCUCAGGGUCUGUAUAUAAAACACCCGUCUUGUUGUGUCCAUCCUUACAUUUGUUACUUUUCUUUUGGACGCACAUUGAAGUCUUCAUGUAGUGUUUGCGUUCAUUCUGAGGACAAGAAAAGGUGACGGCAUCUGUACUUGGUUGUGAGUUUGCAAACUGCCGGGGAAAUGUACCCGGAAUGUUCUGCCUUUAUGCGUCUUGCUCGAAAGAUGUUCCUUUCCUCCCAAAGAGCGAAGCCUGAUCACUUGGCUGACGUGAAUGAACUUCAUGUGCAGUUUGUUCAACUUCCCUGAACCUUCACUGUUUGCUCCUUCCGUCCUUACUCUACCAUGUGGAAUGUAAUCCUCCUUGGAUGUUAAAUCCGGACAGGCCAGAUCCCGGCCCAUCAUGUAAGAUGUACGUAUGGCACUAAUUGACAUCUUGUAAAGUCAAUGCAAUGCUCAAAAACCUCAAAUGUACCCAGGAUGCCUCAGCAGGUUCUCUUUCUUUUUAAAUACAGUAUGAUACCACAUCAUUGUAAUCAUGUUU